AUGUGUGAUGCAUCUGACUAUGCAGUAGGAGCAGUGCUUGGCCAAAAGAUAGACAAGAAACUCAAUGUCAUCUACUAUGCAAGCAAGACUAUGGAUGAUGCUCAGUGCAAGUAUGCAACCACAGAGAAGGAACUCCUUGCCAUAGUCUUUGCCUUUGAGAAAUUUCGAAGCUAUAUAGUUGGGUCCAAGGUGAUUGUGCACACUGACCAUGCUGCCCUUAGGCACAUCUUCGCUAAGAAAGAUACAAAGCCAAGACUUCUCAGAUGGAUCCUUUUGCUUCAAGAGUUUGACAUAGAAGUUGUGGACAAAAAGGGAGUAGAAAAUGGAGUUGCUGAUCAUCUCUCUAGGAUGCGAGUUGAAGACAUGAUCCCCAUCAAUGAUUCUAUGCCUGAAGAACAGCUUAUGGCAAUCAUGAUCUUGAAGGAGAGUUUUGAUGAGAAAGUCAGGCUGGAAGAAGUUAAGGCUCUGCGUGAUGAGAAUUUGCCAUGGUAUGCUGAUAUAGUGAACUUCAUGGUGUCCGGAGAAGUCCCUAGUAGCUUUGAUGCUUACAAGAGGAAGAAAUUCUUCAAGGAUGCUAGGCAUUACUAUUGGGAUGAGCCUUACUUGUACAAGAGAGGACCAGACAGCAUUUACAGGAGAUGCAUAGCUGAAGAGGAUGUACAAGGAGUUCUAGAGCAUUGCCAUGGGUCAGCUUAUGGAGGUCACUUUGCUACAUUCAAAACAGCAACAAGGUUCUGCAAUCUGGGUUGUGGUGGCCUACCUUGUUUAAAGAUGCAGCAAGCUUACAUCGCAAAGUGUGAUCCAUGCCAAAGGAAAGGAAGUAUCACCAAGAGAGAUGAAAUGCCACUAAACCCAAUUCUGGAAGUUGAGAUCUUUGAUGUAUGGGGAAUAGACUUCAUGGGACCUUUCAAGCCUUCCUCAAACGGGCACAACUACAUUCUGGUGCUAACCAUCAUCUUUCCAAGAUAUGGCAUCCCAAGGGUUGUUAUCUCGGAUGGAGGUUCCCAUUUCAUCAAUAAAGUGUUUGAGAAGUUGAUGAAGAGUUAUGGAGUCAAGCACAAGGUCGCUACACCUUACCAUCCUCAAACCAGUGGGCAAGUUGAGGUCUCCAAUAGGCAGAUAAAGGCCAUUCUUGAGAAGACAGUGAGCUUUACUAGGAAGGAUUGGUCAACAAGACUUGAUGAAGCUCUUUGGGCCUAUAGAACAGCUUACAAAACCCCCAUUGGAAGGUCCCCUUUCAACUUGCUGUAUGGAAAGGAUUGUCACUUACCUGUAGAGUUGAGAACAAAGGCAGCCCAUGACAAACUGAUUCGCCUUAAAGACUUCAAGGCUGGGGACAGUGUGCUCUUGUAUAACUCCAAGCUAAGGUUGUUUCCCGGGAAGCUAAGGUCAAAGUGGGCGGGACCAUUCAAGAUCCACGAAGUUUUGCCCUAUGGAUCCCUCACUCUACUCAAUCAAGAGGGGAAGGAAUUCACACUAAGUCUUGCAGGAACAGGUUUUAGGAAGGAAAAUCCGCCAACUCGAGGAACAACUCGAUCGAGCCAAGAGCAAGCUCGAUCGAGCGAGGCGAACCCAGUCGAGUGGAGUGUCCCUGAUGGCCGUCUGCCCAUCUCCAGACCACGACCUUGCCUCCCAGUUCUUUGGGGGGCACUGAGGUAUCAAACACCAACCCUUGCUAAGUUUGGGGGUGCCAACUCGAGCUCGAUCGAGUUGGGUGUAAAAACCAGAAAAGUGGUCUUUUGGAGCAUUCUGGAGCAUAUGGGACGUGAGGAGCAUGGAGGGACUUGGCACAUGGACGCAGCUCAACUGGAUACGCAAAGGAAGAAGGAGGAAGCCAUCUUGAAGACCAGCUCGACCAUCUACUCGACCAACCGGUCGAGUUCCUCAACUCGACCGGCCAAGCUUCAACUCGAUCGAGCUGAGAAGUCAAAGUCAAACCCGAAAAAUGUUGCUUCCCCCUUGACUUUCCUUUGA